AUGUCGGAACAACGCCCCACUAAUGACGACUAUGAGGAUGCCAUGUCCCAUGAGGAUGCCAUGUCCCAUGAGGAUGCCAUGUCCCAUGAGGAUGCCAUGUCCCAAGAAUCAGAAGAUUCCGCCAGCAUUCUCCUAGACUCAAGCUCUGAGUCCAUCGGUAGUGAUACCGAGACGACGGAGUCGUCGCCCAGUUCACCACAACCAACAGAACCCGACUUAAUAACCAUUCUUAUUGAGGAUUUACUUACGGGUACGCCUGAUAUCGAUCCAGAUCUGGUUACAGAUCUACGAAUAUUUCUAGAUGAGCGGAGAGAAGAGAAGUUGAGGAAGGAAGAGCGCAGGGAGGAAUUGAUAAGAUUAGCGCAAGCCAAUGAGGAGCGGCUGCAAGCCCUAGAAGAGCAGAUUGGAGUUCUAAAACGGACUUUCUGUCCCAGACCCGCGACAAGAUGGGAUCCUUUGAAGUGGUUGCAAGCCUCGGCGCACUGA